AUGGAAGAAAUCGCAACUGGUCUGAAAGAUACUAACACUUUAGAAUUACCUGAUACUCUUUCGAUACAGAUAACAGUAGAGCUAAAGAACGAUGUUAAGAUUACCGGAACACUGAAGUCGGUUGAUCAGUUCCUCAACUUAAAGUUGGACAACAUUCAUGUCGACACAGAGAAAUACCCACACUUCAUUGCAAUCAGAAACUUGUUUUUUAGAGGAACCAAUAUUAGGUAUAUUCACUUGAAUCCGGCCUCUGUGGAUACAAACCUUCUCCAAGAUGCUAGUAGAAGAGAAGCAAUGGCAAGUGCAGGUGAGAAAAUAGCGGGUAGGUAA